UCACUGCCUCUGAGUGGUCAUGUCUUCACAUUACAGAUUUUUUUUAAGAGCAUUAGGAUCAAUGAUAAUGGUGUGCUAGAGUAAAGACACCUGUAUAGUAACACUCAAGAUAUAAAUUUAGAUGACUUGGGGGUUUUUUUGUCUUUUUUGUGAAUGUAUAUUUGUGUGGUGCUAUUCAUGCUAUUCAUUCUGCGCAUGUGCUCUUAAGUGCCAGUGAAUAAUGCAGAAGGCUUAUGAGAAAAGUACUUGGGCAGCUGUUACUCUUUUGCAUCAGUAAUUGAUCCUGGCUCUGAGUCCGCAACCAAAAGUGUGGCUGGAACAUCAACAGCCUACCUGAGACCAGCGAUUAGGAGGAGUGAGUAACAGGAGAGCGCCUCAGAGUCGUAGAGUGAAACUGAGCUGAUCAGGUGUCAGAGAGAAAAAAAAGACCUGAAGAACAAAUGGGAAGAUGGAGUCCACUGGAUGUGUGGAUUGAAAGGAAACAUUUGGAUACCCUAUGGCUUCACAGUGAGCAGUUAUAAAAGUGUCUCUAGCAUGUUUGUCUUAGCCAGGAGGAGGAAUUAUUUUGCAUAGUCCUGUGUCUUGGUUUCAGCUGAAUAUAGGACUUUUGAGCAGUGGUAGAGGUGAAAGGAGAGGCUGACAGGUAAAAAUAGAGAAAGGUUGGGGAGAUCAGAGAGAAGGGAGGGCAAGGAAAGAAAGACAGGGGUUAAUAGAAAAUGAAAUAAGUGAAAAGGAGAGUAAGGAAUAAAAUGUCAGCAAGCUGAUUUUCUACUAUGGACUGGCCUUUUUCUGGACUCUAAGCCCUUCACUCUGCCUGGGAAUGAAUGUGAAUGAAAAUCGUGACCGGAAGGGACAAAUGGGACAAUAACAUGAUGACACAGCUGAGGUGUUAAAUGUUAACUGUCAGACUCAGCCUUGUCCCAUGGUACAGGGAGACCAAAGGUCCACUUGGUGCCUUUCCUAGGUGACUCCUCCUAGGAGAGAUAACCAGCACUCCAGCCUGUCUGAGGUUCACCUUCCUCUCUGACCUGGUCUGAAGCCUCGCAGUCAGAGCUCUGGAAGACUCGACUCUUGUAGCCAGGCCAGAGGGAUCUGCACCAAAAGGCUUACACCUCAGGACUAGCAGGAAACACACAGGCUUUUAUGAAGGUACUCAAAGCAGAAGCUACUAUGGAGAAUCAUGUCACACAGAUUUCCCGAGAGGACCUGGAAGAUCUCAGAGAGGCCUUUAAUAAAAUUGAUAUUGAUAACAGCGGCUAUGUAAGUGACUUUGAGCUUCAGGAGCUGUUCAGAGAGGCGAGUUUCUCACUGCCGGGCUACAGGGUACGAGAGAUCGUCGAUAUCUUCAUCGCUGGAGACACCAACAAGGAUGAGAAGAUCAGCUUUGAGGAAUUUGUUUCUAUCUAUCAGGAGCUGAAGAGUAAGGAGUUCAGUGAGACGUUUAGGAAAAGCAUCACAAGGAGAGAUGGGAUCCGGUCUUUCGGAGGAACAUCAGGAAUCUCCAGCGAGGGAACACAGCACUCGUACUCUGAUGAGGAAAAGGUGGCUUUUGUUAACUGGAUCAACAAAGCUUUGGCGAAAGAUCCAGACUGCCAACAUCUACUGCCCAUGAACCCCAACGACGAAAGCCUCUUCACCUCUGUUCGUGAUGGCAUCCUGUUAUGCAAAAUGAUCAACCUAUCUCAGCCUGACACGAUCGACGAAAGAGUCAUCAACACAAAGAAACUCACCACCUUCAAAAUGACAGAGAAUCUGGUCCUGGCUCUGAACUCUGCCUCAGCGAUCGGCUGCACAGUGGUCAGCAUUGACGCCCAUGAUCUGAUGGCUGGGAAACCUCAUCUGGUCCUGGGGCUGCUCUGGCAGGUUAUCAAGGUUGGCCUGUUUGCUGAUAUAGAAAUCAGCAGGGACGAAGAUCUGAUCAGCCUUCUGGAAGAAGGAGAACAGCUGGACCACCUGAUGUCUCUCUCCCCAGAGGAGCUACUGCUCCGCUGGGUCAACUAUCAUCUACGCAACGCAGGAACGCAAACAAUCAGAAACUUCAGUGAAGAUAUCAAGGACUCGCGAGCCUACUUCUACCUGCUGGAUCAGCUUGCUUCCCAUGAAGAGCACAAAUUCAAAAUGGUUGUCAAAAUCGACAUGAGCGGCCUGAAUGAGCGUGAUUUGGACCAAAGGGCCGAGCUAAUGCUGCAGCAGGCAGCCCGGCUGGACUGCAGGCAGUUUGUUUCUCCUCAUGAUGUUACAUCUGGAAACAGCAAACUCAACAUGGCCUUUGUGGCCAACCUGUUCAACAUGCACCCUGCUCUACAAAGAGCUCAUAAAGGCAGCGGUGUAGAGAAUGCACACAUAGAGGCUGAGACCAGAGAAGAGAAAACAUUUCGCAACUGGAUCAACUCUCUGGGCGUCUCUCCAUAUGUAAACCACCUGUACCGUGAUUUGUGUGAUGGUUUGGUGAUUCUGCAGCUUUAUGAGAAGGUCAAUGUACCCAUGAACUGGAAGAAAGUGAACCACCCACCUUAUCCUGUCCUGGGGGCCAAUAUGAAGAAGCUGGAGAACUGUAACUAUGCUGUGGAGCUGGGCCGGGAUGUAGCUCACUUUUCUCUGGUUGGUAUUGGAGGAGAAAACCUAAACGAGGGGAGUCAAAUGCACACUCUGGCAUUAGUCUGGCAGCUGAUGAGAAGGUACACAGUGCUGGUAUUGUCAGAUCUUGGUGAUGGAGAGAAGGUUGCAGAUCAGAUCAUCCUCAACUGGGUCAACAAUACCCUGAGCCAAAAACGCAAGGAUACACAAAUCAGUAGAUUCAAGGACAAAAAGAUUAGCACCAGUCUACCAGUGAUUGACCUGAUCGAUGUCAUUGCUCCUGGUACUGUCAAAUGGGACUUGGUGAAGAGAGCAGAGAGAGGAGUGCUCAAGGAUGAAGAUAAACUCAGCAAUGCCAAGUAUGCAGUCUCAUUGGCCCGUAAGAUUGGAGCUCCUGUCUACGCGCUGCCUGAUGAUUUGGUGGAGGUGAAUCCCAAGAUGGUGCUGACAGUGUUUGCUUGUCUCAUGGGCCACGGUUUGAAAAAAGGUCAACCGCCAAAAAAAGCAGACAAGAGCAAACCAUUUGGGAACAAAGCAUCACUGUAAUUUACAUCGUGUUUAUCCAGUUUUCUUUUUCUUGUUAGUAUAAUUCAUGUUCUUUGCCCUUUAAAUGUGCAGUGAUCCCCAGACAGUAGGGUAAUUUCUCAUCUGUUCUUCCUUUCAUGAAAACAGUAUGCUGAAAAUGAUUCCACUCAGAAAAACCACUGCAUUUGUUUGUCAUAUGAGAUUUCAUAAAACAAGAUGCUUAUUCUUUGCUACGUCAUAUUUAAUAGGACAUUACAUCUAUUUACUUUUGGAGUAUGAGCAGGAGAUUCAGCAGAAGGAAAAGCAGAAUCACUCACAUGUCUUCUUUCAGCAAUACUAAGCCUGUAAAUGUGUAUUCAGUAUUGAUAUUUAAUUAUUAAAAAGAAUCUGUUAAAUGUAAUUACCAGCUUUGUAUGUAUAUUGUCAGAACAUUCAGAGACUGAAGCCACAUAGAUUAUAACACUAGGUAGCCCAAAAGAACACAGAAUGGAAGUCAUAUCAUGCCAUGUAUCAUUAAAACAGACAGUGUCCCUGUAUAAAGUAUUUCAAAAUCUA